AUGUGGAAAAAUCUGGUGUUCCUGUCCCCUGCGGUUAACCACUCUACCCUGGCCCUCUGCCUCCACAUGAGCUCCUCGCGAGAUGUCCACAUCAGCAGGCCGGGAGAACCUCUCCAGCCCGGUCCCAGACCGUUCCGGCACGCGUGCGUUCUUGUCGACGCUAGCCACAAUUUUUCCCCAGCGCUACUCUCACUACUUCUGCUACGCUUGGACUUCCCCUCCAAAAAAGGAAAAUGCUACGCUAGGAUUCCAUUGACUGACCUGACCACAGCAGCCGCCAUGCAUGGGCACCACGAGAUCAGCUCCAGCAGCGGAGGCAGCAGCCCGACCUCCCUCUCCGACCCCUCCAUCGACAGCGACGACGGCUCCGCCACCACCGACGAGUACUGCCCCGACGACCCGCGCGAGUUCCGGCGCCACGUCUCUUUUUUCUCCCCGUCUGUGCUCGCCGAGGUCGACCCCAGCAGCUUCCGUCCGAUCUCCUCGUCCUCCUCCUGCGUCCUGGCCGACGUCGACAAGCACCUGCAGCGCAUGGUCCUCCUCCUCCCAGCCUUCUCCGCCGCCGCCACCGCUCCGCGUGCCGACGCGCUGCGUCAAUGGCUUGCCGGCUUUGACGUCGGCUGGGUGCUGGACAUGGACGACCGCCGAAGCCUCCCGCGGCGGGAGGUCGGGAGGAGGGUCAGGGCAUGGGCGCAGGCGCUCGGCACCAUGGAACGCGUUUUCCGCCACCGGCACCGGAAGGUCCGCAACCCGGUCAACGACGCAGCGGCGGGGGAGCUGGCGGCGCUGGGGCAGCUCGCGGCCGAAAGCGCCGGCGCGAUGCUGAGGCUGGCUGGUUCCGUCGUCGCGCUUGGGAGCUCCCCGUCGAAGCUGCUGGCGGCGCUCGACGUGCACUCCCCGGUCUCGGUGGCCUACCCCGGCCUCGCCAGGAUGUUCUCGUGGCCCCCCUACCACCCCGUCACGGCCGCGUCCGACGCCGCGCUGGCCGGCCUGGUGGACGCGUCCCGGCGCUGCGUGCGCGACCUCAGGGCGUUCAUACGCGCGCCCCAGUACCCGUGGCGGAUGCCGCAGGGCGGCGAGGUGCACCCGUGCGUCGGCUUCUGGAUGGGCUACUUUCGCUGCAUGCUGCGCAACCGCGUGCCCCUCUACUUCGUCCUCGCCGCCGGCAACGGCGACGCCGACACCGACUCGCCGCCAACGACGCCGCUCGCGCCCGACGAGAGCGGCCUGGUGACGGAGCUGAUCUCGUGCCUGGAGGCCGUGCUGGAGGAGCAGUCCGCCGCGCUCGCGUUCCCAGGGCUAAGGCAUAUCUUCAUGCUGAACAACACGAGCGCCAUCCUGCGCCGCGCCGUGCGCUCCGACCUCAGCAUGCUCCUGCCGCCCAGCUGGGUGCUCGUCCGCGAGGAGCGCAUGGAGGGUUACAUCAAAGCUUACCUGCAGGUUUCCUGGGGGACCGUCGUGUCGCGCCUUGACGGGAAGCCAGGAGCCCUGAACGCCCUCCGGCGACGGAACCCGCUGAGCGCAUUUUACCUGGCGUUGGAGAACGCGUGCAGCAUGCAGAGAGGCUGGAAGGUGCCCAGCCCAGCGCUGCGGGCCGCCCUCCGGAGUACCGUGUCGGGGAAUGUCGUGCCGGCAUACCGUCGGUACCUCGACGACCACCCGGAGGUUGAGGUGCCGGCAGGGCGCACCGCGGAGGAGCUGGAGAAUCAGUUGUCGGAGCUGUUCGAAGGCUAGUAGACUGAAAGCUUCGCACUGCAUGUUGUAUCUGAAAUUCUGAGCCAGAGACCAGCUUGUGCUGGCGCCUAUCCACUUGCAGCUGGAUUCAGAAA